CUCAGCCCCGCGCAGCGCUGCGGAGGUGGCGGCGGGCGAGAGCUGAGAUUGAGACUGCAGUUAUGGAACAGAGAACCAGAAAAUGACAGAAAAAUGUUAGAUGCUCUCUUCUAAGACACAGUCAUGUUGGAAGGCUUGGUAGCCUGGGUCCUCAACACCUAUUUGGGCAAAUAUGUCAAUAACCUGAACACAGAUCAGCUCUCCGUUGCUCUUCUGAAAGGUGCUGUUGAACUGGAAAACUUACCACUAAAGAAGGAUGCCUUGAAGGAACUAGAGCUGCCAUUUGAAGUAAAAGCAGGUUUCAUUGGCAAAAUAACUCUGCAGAUACCUUUUUAUCGCCCACAUGUGGAUCCGUGGGUAAUAUCUGUCUCAAAACUGCACCUAAUUGGUGCACCAGAAAAAAAGGAAGAUUUUGAUGAGGAGAAAGAGAAGUUGCAAGAAAGAGAACAUAAGAAAGCCCUCCUUGUAGCACUUGAAGAAAAAUGGAAGAAAGAACGACAGCAGAAAGGGGAAUCUUACUGGUACUCAGUUACUGCAUCAGUAGUCACCAGAAUCGUAGAAAACAUUGAAUUAAAAAUUCAGGAUGUCCAUCUGAGGUUUGAAGAUGAUGUCACCAAUCCAUUGCAGCCUUUUGCAUUUGGCAUAUGCAUCAAAAAUGUCUCCAUGCAAAAUGCAGUGUUUGAACCAGUAGAGAAACUGAUGCGGAAAAAGCAGUUAGAUGUUGCUGACUUCAGUAUUUAUUGGGAUACAGAUUGCACUUUAUUGGGUGACCUGCCUCCUGCUCAGCUACAGGAAGCCAUGGAUAAAAGCAUGGAAAGCCAUGAUCAUAAUUACAUCAUGGAACCUGUAUGCACUUCUGCUCUUCUGAAGAGGAAUUGUUCAAAGGAGCCUUUAAGGUCUCGCCAGACUCCACGACUCGAGUGUGACAUUGUGCUUGAGACCAUACCCCUGAAGCUGUCCCAGAUGCAGUAUCAGCAGAUCAUGGCAUUUCUAAAGGAACUGGCUAGAAAGGAACGGCAGCUUAAAUUCAGAAAGUGGAGACCAAAGGUUACAGUAACAGAGAACUGCCGAGAGUGGUGGAUCUUUGCUUUGAAUGCCAACCUUUCGGAGAUCAGGGAGCAGAGGCAGCGCUCCACAUGGGAGUUUGUGUUACAUCGGGCCCAGGAUGCAGUAUCUUAUACUGACUUGUAUUAUUGCAAGCUGAAGGGGGAGCUGCUCACUGUUGCAGAGCAGGCAGAAAUGCAUCGCAUUGAGGAUGAGCAAACUUACGAAGAAUUGAAGAUCCUCUGUGAGAUAGUUCAUGAUAAAUUUCAUGACCUAGCUGAGAGCAUUAAAGAACCAUUGCCUGAUUCUCCUGGAGCUUCUCCUUCAGCAGAAUCUGCACAUGGCAGUAGCACUGGGAUGCUGCAGUACCUUCAGUCUUGGUUUCCUGGUUGGGGAGGUUGGUAUGGAUACACACAGCAGCCUUACGAAGGUGAACCUUUUGAAGGGCUUUUGCCAGCCCCCCAGGAGCAGUGGAAUCCAGAAGACAUACUAGGUACAGAUGAUUUUUUUGAUCCUGCUGCAGAUGCCUCCAGCAUGAAUACAUUCACAAAGAGAGAUCACGUAUUUGCUAAACUAAAUCUGCAAUUGCAAGGUGGCUCUUUCACUCUGUUGCAUAAGGAGAAGAAAGUGGCACGUGCUGAGGAGAGUGCUUUUAUGCAGCUGGAGUUUUCAGGUGUGAAGAUCUUAGCGGAAUCCCUUCCUCGCAGAAAUUCUUCCCUUCUAAAAGUUCAGCUUGGUAGUCUCUUUCUAAGAGAUCUGGCAACAGAAGGGACCAUAUUCCCUGUCCUUGUUUUCCCUAAUCCUCAAAAAGAGGUUGGCUGUGUAUCUUCCUUUGGGCUCCAGAAUUUGUCAUCUGAAAUGACGAACCAAAACACUGAUCCUGAUGCCCCAGUGUUUGAGAUGCUCUAUGAAAGAAAUCCUAUCCACAGCAAUUUUGAGAGGCGCCUGGAAGUCAGCACCAGACCUCUAAAUAUUAUUUACAAUCCCCAAGCCAUUAAGAAAGUAGCUGACUUCUUCUACAAGGGAAGGGUUCAUACCUCAGGUUUUGGCUAUCAGUCUGAGUUAGAGGCCAAAGUGGCUGAAGCUGCCAGAAGACAGUACAACAAACUGAAAAUGCAGACGAAAGCUGAAAUCAGGCAAACUAUUGAUCGUUUGCUAGUAGGAGACUUCAUUGAAAACAGCAAAAGCUGGACAGUGUGCCUUGAUAUUUCUGCCCCUCAGGUGAUCUUUCCUGAUGAUUUCAAAUUUGUGGAUCCAGUGUUAGUUGUUAUAGAUCUGGGAAGAAUAUUGCUUACCAAUUCUCAAGAAGAAUCUAAAAGGAAUGCAGAUACUUUUUCACCAGAAUUCAAUGAGUUGAGUGAUGAGGAGUAUAAAACACCUCUUGCAACUCCUCCCAAUACUCCACCACCUGAAACUAGCACUAACAGUGGAGUGAAACUCUCUGAAUUUACUGGAGUAGAAAUAAGUGAAGAGCAGUUACAAGCACACUUAAUGAGUAAGAAAAUGUACGAGAGAUACACGCUUUCAUUUUUGGACCUUCAGAUCAUGGUGGGUCGAGUGAAAGACAACUGGAAACACGUUCAGGAUAGUGAUGUGGGUCCAACACAUGUGGUAGAAAAAUUCAAUGUUCACCUGCAGUUGGAGCGCAGAUUGAUAUACACAUCUGACCCCAAGUACCCAGGAGCUGUCUUGUCUGGCAGUCUGCCGGACUUGAAAAUUCAUAUCAAUGAAGAUAAAAUAUUGGCUUUGAAGAACUGUUGCACACAGCUGAGUGCAUCUGAAACGAAGUCAUCAGAUGGCCUAAAUUUAGGGAAAGAUAAGAUCUUUUCAGAGGUAGACCAGCUUGGCACUUUGCAUGAUUCUGUAAUGAAUCUAACGCAGAGUGUUGUGAUGCUCGAGCAGCAUACCAGGGAAGUUCUUGUUGAAUCUCAGCUGCUACUGGCUGAGUUCAAAGUAAACUGUAUGCAGCUGGGGGUUGAAAGUAAUGGACGGUAUAUUUCUGUACUGAAGGUUUUUGGCACCAAUGCCCAUUUUGUGAAAAGGCCUUACGAUGCAGAAGUGUCUCUGACUGUUCAUGGACUGUUACUUGUUGAUACUAUGCAAACAUAUGGAACAGAUUUUGACCUUCUGAUGGCUUCUCAUAAGAAUCUGAGUUUUGAUGUGCCAACAGGAAGUCUCAGAGACAGCAGGGCUCAGUCACCAGUUUACGGACCAUGCGAUGCACAUCCCAUUGAUGCAUCCAGUCUGACAGAGAGAUGUGCUGCUGCAUCAAAUACUUCAUCUGGCAACAAUGGAAAAGAUCAAGAGUCUUUGAUAAAAUUAGAGUAUCAGUUUGUGAGUGCAGAAUGCCCGUCAAUGAAUUUGGAUAGCAGCCUGCAGGUGAUCUCUGUACAGGUGAACAACCUGGAUAUCAUCCUCAAUCCAGAGACAAUUGUUGAACUGAUUGGGUUUCUCCAGAAAUCUUUCCCGAAGGAGAAAGAAGAUUCCAGUCCUCAACCCUUAAUGGACGACAUGGAGAGAGAUUGGAGGGAGCAGGAAACCUUUCAGUCUACUUACGUACAGAAUACAGAGGUAGCAGUUGAUAUUCACUGGUUGAAUAUCCUCCUCCUCAGGACAGUUGGAAUGACAAAUGGAGAAAAAUAUGGCAGGAAAAUUGCAACAGCCAGUAUUGGUGGUACCAAAGUCAAUGUUUCCAUGUGUAGUAAAUUUGAUGUGAAUGGCUCUCUUGGAUGUCUUCACCUGAUGGAUUUAACACAAGACAGUGUUAAAAACCAGUAUGUUGUCAGCAUAGGGAAUACAGGAAGGUAUGAAAAUCUCAUUGGUGAUGUAGAUUACUUUGCAUCUUUAUUCUUUAGACUUGAUGAUGGAAGUAGCCUUCCAGAUGCGUUAAGUUUCACUCUGACGGAAAAGUCAAAAGAGGAAUGCUCUCUCAAUCUCAGAAUGGCCUCCUUACACUACAACCACUCUGCUAAAUUUCUGAAAGAACUGACUUUGUCAAUGGAUGAAUUGGAGGAGAAUUUCCGCAGCAUGCUGAAAAGUGCAGCUUCAAAAGUUACUACAGUCUUGGCAACUAAAACUGCUGAAUACAGUGAAAUGGUUUCUUUGUUUGAUACGACGCCAAGAUCAAGAGAUGUUGCCAACGUAGAAGAUAAUGGUGGCUAUGCAUUUGGAUCACCACCUCUCAAAAGUGAUACUAUUAAGCUUAUAUUGAACAUCAACAUUGAAUCACCAAUUGUCUCAAUACCUCGAAAGCCUGGUAGCCCUGAGCUCCUUGUAGGUCACCUAGGACAAAUAUCUAUUCAGAAUUUUGUACCAGGAGAAGAUGAGUCUACAAGUGAUAGACUGCAAGUUGAAAUAAAAGAUAUUAAAAUGUAUUCUUUAAAUACCAGUCAGUUUAUGAGCAAGAAGGAGUCUGCAAGUGAAGUAUCUCAAGGUCUUCAUUCUUCAGGACCUGCCAGUAUUAGCAGCCAGGAGGAAUCCCAAUUUACUCGUCACGACUUCUUUGAAUCAUUACAUAAAGGCCAUGCUUUCCACAUUCUGAAUAACACCACCAUCCAGUUUAAAUUGGAAAAGAUACCACUAGGGAAAGAUUUAGAUGUAACAUUCCCACUGAGUAAUGAAGACUUUGGAAUAUCAAACAUCAUGAAAAUUGAAGGGAAAUUUGUGAACCCUCUUCAGGUCGUGUUAGCAAAACAUGUGUAUGAACAGGUCCUGCAAACUCUGGAUAAUUUAAUUUACAAUGAAGACUUGAACAAAUUUCCAGCUGCUACUGCAUCUUCGACUUGUCACAGUUCUCCGUCAGCAUCAGCUCUUAGUACAGGCACAGAAUUCUCAAGUGAACGGAAGGAAAAUGGCUUAUUCAGCCACUCCAGUUUUAAUUCUGUUCCAAACAAGUCAUUGACUAUCAGGGAAGCAAAGUCUUUCACUCAGAUUCAAGCAAACUUCCACAUCUCUGAGCUCCAGGUUCAGUUAAGUGGCGAUCUUACACUCGGUGCACAAGGCCUUGUCAGCCUUAAGUUUCAGGAUUUUGAUGUUGAGUUUACUAAAGAUCAUCCUCAGACUUUGUCUAUUCAGAUUGCCUUGCGUUCACUGCUAAUGGAAGAUCUUCUAGAAAAAAAACCAGACUCUGUGUAUAAGAAUCUGAUGGUGUCCCGUGGAGCACCCAAGCCAUCCAGUUUAGCACACAAGGAAUACCUUUCACAGUCAUGUCCCUCAGUAUCCAAUGUUGAAUAUCCAGAUAUGCCACGGUCCCUGCCAUCUCAUAUGGAAGAAGCAUCCAAUGUCUUUCAGCUUUACCAAAGACCAGUUUGUGCCUCACGUAAGAAGCAAAAAGAAGAUGCUGAUUCUGAAUACCCCCUGACUCCACCUCCUUCUCCAACAGCAGAUAGAUCCAAGCUGCCUUGUGGAAAAAGUCACUUUGAUGAUUCAUUGGUUCAUAUCAAUAUCUUUCUAGUGGAUAGGAAACAUCCUGAGUUUUCCUCCCGCUAUAGCAAGAUUAAUCGCAGCAUAGACGUCGAUUUCAAUUGUCUGGAUGUGUUAAUUACUCUGCAAACCUGGGUAGUGAUACUGGAUUUCUUUGGGAUUGGAUCCACUGCUGAUAACCAUGCGAUGAAGCUGCAACCUGAAGAUACUCAGCAGACAUCUAAAUCAGAAGUAAAUACCUCGUCUGUUUCUGCAGCCCAAGAGCCUGUAAACACUAAGCUGGAUUUGAAGGUCCAUUCUUUGUCUUUAGUACUGAACAAGACAACGAGUGAGCUCGCUAAAGCCAGUGUGUCAAAACUUGCAGCUCACUUGGAAAUAAUUGAUGGGGAUUUAGCCCUGCAGGGAAGCAUUGGAGGUCUGUCCUUAAGUGACCUUACAGCUCACGGGGAGUUUUACAGAGAACGUUUCACUACAAGUGGUGAAGAAGCACUCAUUUUUCAAGUUUACAAAUAUGGGCGGCCAGAUCCAUUGCUGCAGAGGGAGUGUGAUAUUCGUGUCACUCUCAGGAUGGCAUCUGUUCAGUAUGUGCACACCCAACGCUUCCAGGCCGAGGUGGUUUCCUUCAUUCAGCACUUCACUCAGCUUCAGGAUGUCCUGGGCCGCCAGAGAGCAGCAAUUGAAGGACAAACAGUGAGAGACAAAGCUCAGCGAGCUUCCCGGGUUCUUCUUGAUAUUGAGGCUGGUGCUCCUGUGCUGCUCAUACCUGAAAGCUCAAAAUCCAACAGUCUUAUUGUCGCCAAUCUUGGAAAACUGAAAGUGAAGAACAGAUUUCUGUUUGCGGGUAUGCCAGGUACCUUCUCGCUGAAGAACAAGGUAAGUAAGAACUUUACUUCUCAGUUUCUCUGCUUGGGACUUUUCUGGUUCUUCUCUCUAUACUCUGGAGCUGGCUGCAGGUUCUUGUACCCAGCUGCUGUGUUCUGCACGUGCAGUGCUUGCUUGUUGAGGCCUUCAGGGCAGUGGCAGAUUGUGCUGAUGGAGCUGGCCUUGUUGGAAAGCUGGACCAGCUGGGUGCACACCUGCAUGUGAGUACAUAAAAGACUUUCAGUUAGACCUCUUUCUUCCAUGUAAUAGCAGAGAAUGGAGGUAUUUCAGGGCUGAAAGUUGUUGGAAAAUGCUGGAGAACAGAAAUUGGUUUAGUUUGUUUUUUCUUUCUGCUUUUACUUAAUGAAACCAAGUAUGUGUGGCUGGUUUCACUAGGUGAAACCUAACAAAAGGGUUCCAGUAUAGGUUUGAACCAAGGUUUUAAGUGCAAGAAAGGGAACUUUGAGGUUAGGAAGCUCCAUCUGGGAAGGGCUUCUAGGUCUAAUCUGUGCAACAAAAUGGGUGGUUGUUCUGGCUAUCACUUACUCCCUUCUUAAAGAGGGGAUGGGAUUCAAGUGAGCUGCCAUUGCUGCAGGACUUUUGUCCAUUACUGCUGUAUGAUUAAUACCUAGCAAUGCCUUUACUGAAAGACAACACUAGAUUGUAAUAUUGACUUGUCUUCUGAGAGCUGGUUGUCUUCUGCACUCUGUUGUGCGGGUAUAUGUAAAGAUUCAUAAAUUGAACAUCCCCCAGAUAGUGAUGGAAGGGUACAGAAAAUGUGUAUGUAGCAAUUUUAUUUCAUUUUAAAAGGACUGCGUUAUGUAGCACUCAGAUAUUUGGUGUUUUAGAGCAUGAUAGAGGUGUGUUUUGGUGUUGGGUGUUUUGAUGCGGGGCUG